AUGGCACCGCAAAAGUACUACACUGUGGGGGUAAGCAACAAGUUUGCUGCCUUUGGGGCAGACAGCGAUGCCUCUUCGGACGAAGGAGAGGUUAUUCUUUCAGCCCCUCCGCCAACUGCGACAGAUCCGCUGCAACAACAGCAACCAAGUGCCGCUGCUGCCAAGAAAAAGCAGCAGCAGCAGCAGCAGCAAGUCUCCCCACAACGGGAGAGACAAGGGCGCGGACCCUCUCGCGGCAGGGGAGGAGCCUUCGGCGGAGACUUAAGAGGAAGCGGAGGGGCUAGGGGGGGGCGUCGGCAGGAAGGUGCUGCUCCUGAAGGCGCAGCAGAUGAGGCUGCUCUUGCCAGCGGUCUGUCUCCUCAAGAGGGCGAUGGCAUCCAGCGUCGUCGGGGGACUGGUUUCCGAGGCAGAGGGGGUCGGGGGGGAGUAGCAGGGGGUCCCCUCUUUGGCAGGAGGGAGUUUGAUCGUCACAGCGCUACAGGGAGGGGACGAGAGACGAAGAAGCAGGGUGCUGGAGGGCACAACUGGGGGCAUGAGGAGGCGGAGAAUCAUCCCCAGAAGGCUGAAACUUUGCUGGCAGAAGACUCUGCCACGAAGGAGCCGGGAUCUCAGGGUGAAGAGGUUCAGGAGGAGCAGCAGCCUGCCGCCGAGGAGGAGGCUACGAUCGAUUUGGAUACGUACAAGAAGAUCCAGGCAGAGAAGCGAGCGAAUCUGCCGACGUUUGUGUCUACCUCUGGAGUGCCGAAGCAGAUCGAGACGGAUAAGGAGCUCUCAGCCCAGGGGUAUGUGCGGCUCGAGCGAGGGGGCGACGCAGACACGGAGGGUGCUGGCGAGGAGAGUCUGGAGUCUAGGGAAGACAAGCCGAAAAAGAAGUCAAUCAACCUCUACGAGUAUGUGCAUAUCGAAGGGGGAAGGGUUCCCUCGUUCGGAAGGAGGGGCGGGAGAGGCGGCGGGAGAGGAGGCAGCGGAAGUGGCCACAGAGACGAUCGAGCGAAGCGGGGGGGGGGAUAUUCGAGAGGUUCACGCAGUCGCGAAGCAGCUCCGGAUCUGAAGGAUACUCAGGCUUUCCCCACACUAGGUGCUCGCUGA